AUGGGAAUGAAGAUGAAAGCUCAAAUGCCACUAGCGUGUGUGUUCGUCUGGAAGAGGAUGUACUGGCCGGCCACAGCGGUCCUGCUGGCCCUCCUGGGGACCACCUCAACAGGAGCGUGGAGAGCAUCUCAACCAAGGCUGCAGUUCACACACACCGAGCUUGUCCGCAAUGGCCGUCUGAUGACACUGCCCCUGGUGGCGGGAGACCUGCACUCUCUGCUGCCGGACGAGGAUGGAAGACGUCUGUACGUGGCUCUGAAGGACAGCCUGCUUUCGACCAGCCUGGACGACGUCACAAAGAGCCACCACAAGGUCCACUGGCCGGCUAGUCCAGAACGUAUUCAGGAGUGUCUGAUGGCUGGGAAGGAUCUAGAAUCGGAGUGUUCUAACUUUCUACGAGUUCUUCAGUCCUACAACCAGACCCACCUGUAUGUGUGUGGCACAGGGGCCUUCAACCCACGCUGUGCUUUCAUAGCUACCAGCAUCUUCCAACAGUCAGGGCCACAGACGCUCUCCUAUAGCCAGACAGAGUGUGGAAAGGGGAAGGUUCCCUAUGACCCGCAGCAGAAGACUGCAUCUGCGGUCAUAGAUGGAGAGCUGUACGCUGGCAUCACCUCUGACUUCAUGAGUCGAGACUCCGCCUUCUUCCGUAGCCUAGGCAACCGCCACGUCAUCCGCACUGAGCAGUACGACUCCACCUGGUUGCAGGAUGCCCAGUUUGUGCGGGUAGCGCCGCUGUCUGAGACUGAUAACCCAGAAGAUGAUAAGGUCUACGUGUUCUUCACUGAGCGCGCUCAGGAGGCAGAGGGGGCUGCUGGGAAGGUGCUCUACUCUAGAGUGGCCCGUGUGUGCAAAAAUGACAUAGGAGGUCAGAGGAGUCUGGUGAAUAAGUGGAGUACAUUCCAGAAGGCUCGUCUGGUCUGUUCAGUCCCAGGAUCAGAUGGCAUACAGACACACUUUGAUCAGCUCCAGGACAUCUUUAUCCUCCAGGGGAAAGACAAGAAGAACCCUCUUAUCUAUGGCCUGUUCACCACAUCGAGUGAUGUUCUGAAUGGUUCAGCGGUGUGUGUGUAUCGGAUGGAAGAUGUGGUUCGGGCUUUCAAAGGCAACUUCCUGCACAAAGAGGGGCCUCAAUAUAAGUGGGCAGAGUUUUCAGGCAAGGUGCCCUACCCACGACCUGGAACUUGUCCUAGCAGUACCUAUGGAAGCUACAGUUCGACCAGAGAGUAUCCUGAUGAUGUCAUCUUCUUCAGCAGGACACAUCCUCUGCUCCAGGAAAAUGUGCUGCCUCUGGGAGAGCGCCCCCUCCUGGUCAGAGUGGGCGUUCACUACAAGUUUAGCAAACUGGUGGUGGACAGGGUGGAGGCGGUGGAUGGCACCUACGAUGUGUUGUUCAUUGGCACAGACUCAGGCCUGGUGCUGAAGUCCAUCUACCUCCCCAGGGAACAUGGACAGAACCAGGAGGUCACUUUGGAGCAGCUGCAGGUCUUUCAGCACAAAUCACCAGUGACAACCAUGACACUCUCAAAGAAAAAGUGGUUGUUUGUGGGCUCCAGGGAGGGGGUGUCCCAGCUGGCCCUGUUCCAGUGUGAGCUGUAUGGUCAGGCCUGUGCCGAGUGCUGCCUGGCCAGGGAUCCCUACUGCACCUGGGACGGACACGCCUGCAGCCCCUACAUGCCAAUCGCACGCAGGAGGAAUGCUCGUCAUUUAGGAAAGGAUGAAGACCCCCUCACACAGUGUGUCAUACAGGGGGCAGGCCUGCAGGUGGAGGCGGAGCACAGGGGCAUGAUGGUUGCCGAAGGUAACAGCACCUACCUUGAGUGUCUGCCCAGAUCGAGGCAUGCUGCUGUUACCUGGUACAAACAGGCUGGAGAGAACAGUCCAGAACUGCAUCAGGUGGUGUCAGGGGACCAGUUGGUGGUGAUCGACCGGGGCAUUCUGAUUCGUCGAGCCGAGCUGUCUCACGGCGGCGUCUACAACUGCCAGCUGGAGGAGCACGGCUUCCAUUGGACCGCCGUCACCGUCCGCCUGUCUGUCUGGAGCCCUUCGGCCAAUCCAGUCCCCGCUUCCUGGCUGAGCCCGUCCAGUCAGAGUCCAGAAGCCCAGCCCUGGUACCAGGAUGUGAUGGCUCUGAUUCACCCUGGUAACCUCGGGCAGCACUGUCGGGCACUAGGAUACCGUCCCCCACGCAACCACCGUCGCCACGGUAAUGUGGAAAGCAACAAGCUGGAGAGCGAGAUGGGGGAGAGGCACAAGCAUGGAGGUGGGAGAGGAGGCGGGGGAGGAGGAGGAAGAGGAGCAGGGAGGAAGAGCAGGAGCAAGCCCCAGCAGAGGGCUCCGAGGAGCGCGUAA